UCUAUGACUCUCUACAGUUCAGCAUCCUUCCUCUCAUGGCGCUAACGAAGGCAAUUUACUUCGGUUCUUCAAACCCUAGUCCUAUCUCUUACGCCGCUCCGGCGAAUCUCAACCCUCUCUUAUCCCACCCAAGCUCUCUACCUCUCCACCGCCACCGCUGGAACCCUAGCCUUGCUGCCGGUGCUCCCUCUCACCGCUUCUUCGCCGUGCGAUGCUCCAUCAACUCAAGGCCAGAUUACAUCCCCAACCUUAUCGCAGACCCCGCCUACGUUCGCAUCUUCGACACGACCCUCCGCGACGGAGAGCAAUCUCCAGGCGCAACCAUGACCAGCAGCGAGAAGAUCGCCGUUGCUCGCUUGCUCUCCCGCCUCGGCGUCGACAUCAUUGAGGCAGGCUUCCCGGCAUCAUCACCUGAUGAUCUCGAGGCCGUGCGUUCCAUUGCAAUGGAGGUAGGGAACAAUCCAGAGGAAGAUGUGCACCUGCCGGUGAUCUGUGGUCUGGCAAGGUGCAAUAUGAAGGACAUUGAUGCUGCUUGGGAGGCUGUGCGGCAUGCCAGGAGACCGAGGGUGCAUACUUUUAUUGCGACGAGUGAGAUUCAUAUGCAGCAUAAGUUGAGGAAGACGAGGGAGGAGGUGGUCAGGAUUGCUAGGGAGAUGGUGGGAUAUGCGAGGAAGCUUGGGUGCGAGGACAUUGAGUUCAGCCCAGAGGAUGCUGGAAGGUCUGAUCGUGAAUUCCUUUAUCACAUUCUUGAAGAAGUAAUUAAGGCUGGAGCUACAACGUUGAACAUUCCUGAUACAGUUGGCUAUACUAUUCCUCAUGAAUUUGGUCAACUAAUUUCUGACAUAAAAGCAAAUACUCGUGGGAUUGAAAAUGCAGUCAUUUCAACACAUUGUCAAAAUGACUUGGGACUUGCAACAGCCAAUACUUUAGCUGGUGCUGGUGCUGGAGCACGACAACUAGAGGUUACUGUGAAUGGCAUUGGUGAAAGGGCAGGGAAUGCUUCUUUGGAAGAGGUUGUCAUGGCUAUAAGGUGUCGUAAUCAAAUAUUGGGAGGCCUGUACACUGGGAUCAAUACUAAACAUAUUCAUAUGGCAAGCAAAAUGGUUGCUGAGUAUAGUGGUUUACAUGUUCAACCGCAUAAAGCUAUUGUUGGUGCCAAUGCUUUUGCUCAUGAAAGUGGUAUACAUCAGGAUGGCAUGUUGAAAUUCAAAGGUACUUAUGAAAUUAUCUCUCCUGAUGAUAUUGGGCUUUCUCGUUCCAACGAAUCAGGCAUUGUACUCGGAAAACUUAGUGGGCGUCAUGCUUUGAAAUCAAAACUCACAGAGUUGGGCUAUGAUGUAUCGGGAAAGGAACUUGAUGAUGUCUUCAAGCGCUUUAAAGAGAUUGCUGAGAAAAAAAAGCGUGUAUCUGAUGAUGAUAUCGAAGCGCUGAUUUCAAAUGAAAUCUUCCAACCUAAAGUCAUUUGGUCGCUUAGUGAUCUUCAGGUUACAUCUGGAACACUAGGCCUUUCUACCGCAACUGUUAAGCUUAUUGAUUCGGAAGGGGUAGAGAGGAUUGCUUGCUCAGUUGGAACUGGCCCUGUACAUGCUGCUUACGAAGCAAUUAAUAGUAUUGUCCAGGUACCAGUAACUCUAAUGGAAUACUCCCUUACCUCUGUAACGGAAGGGAUUGAUGCAGUUGCCACCACCAGAGUGCUCAUUCGGCCAGACCACAAUGGCCAUACAGCCACACAUGCCUUAACAGGGGAGUCUCUGCGCAGAAACUUCAGUGGAAGUGGAGCAGACAUGGAUGUUGUGGUUUCCAGUGUUAGGGCUUAUAUUAGUGCACUGAACAAGAUGCUGGGUCUGGGGAAAAGACCUCUAAACGAGAUUCCGAAUUCCGAAACGGUUGUUGUUUAGGUUGAAAGCAUUCAGGACAGACUAUUCAGUGUGAUCCCUUUCUAUAAUUUUAAUUUAUGAUCUGUAAAUUUGCAGUUUUUGCAUGUGAUUUUGUUUGUUGUUGUUAAAUUUUGGCUUGUAAUUUCAUUAGUGACAGGACAUGGAAUUGAUGUUUUUUGGGCCAUACAUAA